AUAAAAGAUAACAAGAAAAUAACACAUUAUAUCUCUACUACCAGUUCGAAGUUCAAAUAUCUCUCAUCUAGUAAACUCAUUUCCUUUCAUUUUAAGAGUUCGAAGAUGUCUGCUGAUCAGAGUCCCAACACAGACGGAUGGGUUCAAUCAGCUAAGAACACAGCUAACGCAGCUGGGGGACAUAUCGGCAAUGCAGCUCAAGCAACUAGAGACUUCGUAACCGGUGCAGGCCAGCCGAAAAAGGAAGAAACCCCUGGAUUCCUUGAAUCAGCUAAGAACACAGCUAGCACAGCUGGGGGACAUGUCGCCGGUGCAGCUCAAGCAACCAAAGACUAUGUAGUCGGUGCACCGAAAAAGGAAGAGACCCCUGGAUUCCUUCAACAGACUGGAACAAAUGUGAUGAACACAGCACAAGGUGCAGCUGAUACUGUGACGAAAUCAGCACAAGGUGCAGUGGACGCUGUGAAGAACACAAUGGGAAUGAAUGAUGAAAAGAAAUGAUGAAAUGAUUUUUAAUUUCAUUUUUUUUUGUGUUCUUUAGGAAAAAAGAAUGCAUCUUGUUUAGUUAUGUCUUUUCCAUGUGUUUUUGUUGGGUUAUCUUUUUCCUCUCAUAUAUUUUAUGAGGUUGUAAUAAAUGGUUCUCUAUAUUGCAUAUUGUCAAUGGGAAAUGGGCACUUGUCCAAAUAUUUUUAAAA